AUGAAGUUGCCUCUAUCUUCAAUAUUCCUUCUGGUAUUCGUUGCAGCGGUUGCAGGCUACAAGGUGCCCGAAAACUGCGAAGACGAAGCUUCAAACUGCCGCAAUUUGAUUAGUGUGUGCAAUUAUACGCCAUAUUACCGGUAUAUGUCCACGAACUGCGCCAAAACAUGUGGGUUGUGCGGAAAGAUUGUUUGUUAUGACCAGUCGAUGUCGUAAGUUGGCCGUUUUCAACUGGAAUAUUACUGUAUACAAACACUAGUAGCAAAAGAUUUCCCCGAUUUUUUAGAGGUUGUUAUGCCGCAGAUAGCAUGAUUGAUGGUGAAUAUACUCACUUGAUUGACUUUUGUUUUUAGGUGCAAUGUUCUCAAGAGUCGCGAUUUCUGCGCGACUACCUCUUUCGCCAAGAGCCACUGUCAGAAAACUUGUGGGUUUUGCAAGGAAGACAAUGCCACUCCUAGCCCGAUUGAUAACACAACAGAGGACGGUCAUCGUGAUGAUGAGAAUGAAAAUCGCGACGAAUCCACUCAUAACAGUACUGAUCGCAGCAUCCCAGACGAAUUUACUCAUAGCAUUCCAGAUGAAUUCACUGAGUCUCCAAACUUUAAUGUGACAGAAAGGCAUGAUGACAGCAAUAACGCUACAGAAAGAUGGGAAUCCAGAAGCACCACGAGAAGACACCGACAUCACCACAACCACCACUGCAACCAUACCGAUAGCUCAUCAAGCAGCUCGAGUGAGUCGGGUUCUGAGGAGCAUGCAACUCAAGAGCCUGAAGAUGAAGAUCAUCAUGGCUCUGGAAGUGACGAAGAGGACAAAGAUAAAAAAGAUGAUAAUGAUGGCAAUGGUGGAGAUGACAAUAGACAUAAUGACGAUAGCAAAGAAAAAGGUAAAGAUGGAUCUGGAGAAAAAGAUGACCACAAUGGCUCUGGAGAUAAUGACAGACAUCAUGACGAUCAAGAUGGCUCUGGAGAGAAGGAUGGCUCCGGCAAAGGCGACCAAGAUCCUGAUGACAAGAACGGUUCAGAUGAUCAUGACAAGCACCACGACGACCAAGAUGGCUCUGGAGAAAAGGAUGGCUCAGGCAAAGACGACCAGGAUCCUGACGACAAAGAUGGUCCGGAUGAUCAUGAAGAUAAGCAUGGCUCUGGAGAUAAUGACAAGCAUCAUGACGAUCAAGAUGGCUCUGGAGAGAAGGAUGGCUCCGGCAAAGACCCUGACGACAAAGACGGCUCAGAUGGUCACAAAAACCCUGACGACCAAAACGACAACGACAGUGAAAAAGAUGAUAAACCUGAUGGUGAAAACGACGGCGAAAACAAAGACAAGAAAGAGGAGGACCAAAAGGAAAAUGACAACCCAGAUAACGAGAAAAACAAAGACAAUAAUGGGCAGAAAGACGAAAAGGACAAUCAGCUGCCAGACGGCGAUGUCGAUGAUGAACAUAGAGGUAAUGGACGGGAUCGUGGCUAUGAUAAUGGAAAGAAAAAGAAGAAGGGAUGGCUCGACUGGCUCAAGGAAAAAGCAAAGAAGAUUGGAAAAUAA